UAAUCCAAUUUGAUAUAAAACUGGACACCCUUUUGUUAAGAAGUAACAAGUGUUUGACUUUCUUGCCACCGCUGCUAAAAGGAAUUAGGUCUUCAAAUACUGGCUAGCAGCAGGCUAGCGAAGUUAGCUUUAUUGGUUGACAUCACAUCAUAUGGUUUACGAGUGCUACGAGGAUGAGCGACGAGGACGUGGAGCGGCUGUUGAUCCAGUUUCAGGAUGAGAAUGGGGAGGUUUUGGGAUCACCUUUUGAUGUGCCUCUGGACAUCACACCAGAUAAGCUGCAGCUUGUCUGCAAUGCACUGUUACAGAAGGAGGAGCCAGUGCCACUGGCAUUCUUUGUGCGUGGAGAGGUCGAGGUGGUGUCCAGUCUGGGCUCGUCUGUGAAGGCUCUUGGUGUUGAGACAGAGCAGGUUCUGCCAGUGGUGUACCAGCCUCAGGCUGUGUUCAGGGUUCGAGCUGUGGCCCGCUGUACCAGCACACUGCAGGGGCACACAGAAGCUGUCAUCUCAACUGCUUUCAGCCCCACUGGCAAAUAUCUAGCCAGUGGUUCAGGUGAUACCACAGUGCGCUUUUGGGACUUGACAACUGAGACGCCUCACCACACUGCCAGAGGACACACACAUUGGGUACUGAGCAUUGCCUGGUCACCAGAUGGCAAGAAGCUGGCUUCAGGGUGCAAGAACAGUCAGAUCUGUCUGUGGGAUCCAGUGACAGGUACACAGCUGGGGAAGACUUUGACAGGACACACCAAGUGGAUCACUUGGCUCUGCUGGGAACCUCUCCAUCUUAACCCAGAAUGUCGAUACUUAGCCAGUAGCUCAAAGGACGGCUCAGUACGUAUUUGGGACACCGUGUUGGGACGCUGUGACAAGAUUCUGACAGGACACACUCAGUCAGUCACCUGUGUGAAGUGGGGAGGAGAUGGACUUCUCUACACUUCCUCCCAGGACAGAACAGUUAAAGUCUGGAGAGCCAAAGAUGGUGUCCAGUGCAGGACUCUACAGGGCCACGCCCACUGGGUGAACACCCUGGCUCUCAGCACAGACUACGUCCUGCGCACUGGAGCUUUUGAACCCGCAACCGCCACUGUCAACCCCCAGGACCUCACUGGAUCGCUGGAAGAGCUGAAGGAGAAAGCUUUGCAGAGAUAUAAUAAAGUUAGGGGUCCAGCACCUGAGCGAUUGGUGUCUGGCUCAGAUGACUUCACCUUAUUUCUGUGGAACCCUGCAGAAGACAAGAAGCCUCUGGCCAGGAUGACUGGCCACAGUGCUCUGGUCAAUGAGGUGCUCUUCUCCCCAGACACCAGGCUCCUUGCCUCUGCCUCAUUUGACAAGUCCAUUAAAAUCUGGGAUGGACGCACUGGAAAGUACUUAAUGUCCCUGCGUGGCCAUGUGGGAUCUGUGUAUCAAGUGGCGUGGUCGGCAGACAGCAGGCUGCUGGUCAGCGGCAGCAGCGACAGCACGCUUAAAGUUUGGGACAUCAAGACCGGGAAGCUGAACAUGGACCUACCUGGCCAUGCUGACGAGGUUUAUGCAGUGGACUGGAGUCCCGAUGGACAAAGAGUGGCCAGUGGUGGGAAAGACAAAUGUCUCAGAAUAUGGAGAAGAUAGCCACAUCACUGCCCCCCACUUUCCUCUCUGUGGAAGAAGAUUUCACAUCUUCUGCAUUCAAGGAGCCUGACAGCUGGAGCGAAGGUGGUUAGAGUGUACCUAAACCUAAAUGAUGAACUCUGAUGCAGUCAUGAUGCAAGAUGCAUCACCAGAUUCAAAUCCACUGUGGGAAUCUUAACAAUGUAACACUGUAGAGGUGUUCGGCUGAGUGGGAAUGUAAAAUGAGUUUGUAAUCAGCAGGACACAGACAUUACUGCAGGUAGACGCUGCCUUGUAGUAUGUAUGUCACCAAUAGCAACAUGAACAUAGGAUUUUCCAUUCAUGUACAUAAUGUUUUGUCGCUAAGGCAUGUAAAGACAAUUACACAACUUACUCCUAAGCCUUAUUAUAGUGCCAUAACCAUGUGCAGAAACUAAAACAAGGUUAUAUAUUUAAAAUGUGAAUACAUAAGCUUUAAAUUCUGACCAUGAAAUUUUUUCUGAAGGAAUGAAAUGAGACACACAGGAUUUCACCCUCACAUAAGGAAAACUAAUGCUUUUAUCAGCAGUGUGUGCAUCCCCUCCUUCACCUUAAGCCUUUCUAGGCGAACUGUAGGUGACAGGUGGACCGGCGCGGCAGCAGGUGGGAGCGCUAAUGCCUUCCUCUGUGAUGUUAAUGCUGACCAUGCCCGCCCUGCUCCUUCAGCCUUUAAUCUCCUCUGUCCUGCAGUCAGCAAAGCUUCAGCCUGCUGAUUUUUUUUUCUUUUGCCUGGGUGGUCAAGCCAAGUGUCACCAGCACUGAACUCUGAUUCUCACCUCAUUGAGGUUCACCAUUCCAGUUCAAAUUACAUGUUUAUAUUUUCUGUAUACAACUGGCUGUGUGAAUAUUUAAUAUGAAUAAAUAUUUACAGAACAACAA